GGAAACUCCCUGGUGAUGCUGGUCAUCUUACAAAGCCGGGUCAGGCGCUCCGUCACUGAUGUCUACCUGCUCAACCUGGCCAUGGCCGAUCUGCUCUUUGCCAUGACCUUGCCUAUCUGGGCCACUUCCAGGGCAAAGGGCUGGAUCUUUGGCACAUUCCUGUGUAAGGCGGCCUCGCUCCUGAAGGAAGUCAACUUCUACAGUGGUAUUCUACUACUGGCCUGCAUCAGCGUGGACCGUUACCUGGCCAUUGUUCAUGCCACACGCACACUAACUCAGAAGCGACACUGGGUCAAGUUCAUAUGCUUAGGCAUUUGGGUCCUAUCCCUGAUCCUCUCCUUGCCCAUCUUUAUCUUCCGUGAGGCCUAUAAGCCACCUUUAUCCAGUCUAGUUUGCUAUGAGGACCUGGGUGCCAAUACAACUAAAUGGCGUAUGGUGAUGCGGGUCCUGCCCCAGACCUUUGGCUUCCUCCUGCCACUGCUGGUCAUGCUGUUCUGCUAUGGAUUCACCCUGCACACGCUGUUUCAGGCCCACAUGGGGCAGAAGCACCGGGCCAUGCGGGUCAUCUUUGCUGUCGUGCUUGUCUUCCUGUUCUGCUGGCUGCCCUACAACUUGGUCCUGAUGGCAGACACCCUCAUGAGGAUCCAGACGAUUGAGGAGACCUGUGAACGCCGAAAUGACAUUGGCCGGGCCCUGGAUGCCACCGAGAUUCUAGGCUUCUUCCACAGCUGUCUCAAUCCCCUCAUCUACGUCUUUGUUGGCCAGAAGUUUCGCCAUGGACUCCUCAAGAUCAUGGCCAUCCAUGGCCUGAUCAGCAAGGAGUUCUUGGCCAAGGAAGCCAGGCCUUCCUUUGUUGGCUCUUCAAGGAAUACUUCUACUACCCUCUAA